GGCCGUAGUAUUCAAGGUCAAGCCACCACUUGUUGCGUCGAAUACCAAAUUCUCGCACGUGCGUACAUUAUCGGCGGCAAAAUAAAUACCAGUGGUCCAGUUAAAGUUCCACCGAUUAAAGACAUCACGAUAUCAAAACGUGGAACUGAUUCACCGACAGCAACUCCUAGAAAUACUACUGCUGAUCUCAAUGCGCAUCGUUUCCACCCAAAUGCUAUUAAUUAA